AUGCCCGUGGUCCUGUUGGAGUUGAAGGAUUGCUUACAACAAUAUGUGUGGGACAAGAAAAUGGUUCACAAACAGUUUAACUGGCUAUGGCACCACGUUCCAACGUUUGCACCAUACAAGGUCGAAGGUGUCUUCCUCACCAUACAAGGUUCUUGCACAUGGAAGCACAGCUCAAACCGCUAA